AUGUCUUUAUCGUAUAGCAAAAAAGAUUUGUUUGAAAGUGUCUUAAAAGAUAGUUCCAUUAUAAAAUUUGGCUACAACACAUUUGAAAAUAUUACAGAAAUCGCAAGUGGAGCAUUUGGUACAGUUUAUCGUGCCGAUUCAACAAAUUCAGGAAAACAUGUUGCAUUAAAAAAUCCUUCAACAGAGAAGUACUACCUUGUGUUGCAAUAUGCUAAAGAUGGUGACUUGAGGACUUAUUUACAGAAGAAUUUCAAAAGCCUUAAUUGGGAAAUUAAAAUUAAUAUGGCUAAAGAUAUUACAAGUGGUCUACAAUUUAUUCAUGAUAAAAAUAUCGUUCAUAAAGAUUUAGUAAAUUUUGGAAUACUUAAUUUGGUUACUUCUGGUGAAAGAGAAAAACUUAUUAAUAAAACACCAAAAGAUUAUAUCAACAUAUAUUCAAGUGCAUGGAAAGAUGAUCCAAAUCAAAGACCAACUAUUAAAAAUAUUUUUGAUUCUCUCGAAAAUAUCAAAUUAGAAAAUAUAUAUAACGAAUAUCAAGAUAUUCAAUUAGAAGAAGCUAAUAUUAAUAACCAACCUCAAGCUUCAGUGGAUGCAUUCAGUAGAGAUUCCAUAUCCAUUACUCCUUCAUUUACUACAUCAAAUUGGGAGGAAAUUACAGAAAAUCAAAUUAUAAAAUAUGAUUAUAAUGAUUUUAGAAAUCUUAAAAAUAUCGGAAAAGGGUCAUUUGGAAUGAUUUACAGUGCAACAUUAAUGAAUGUGAAUGGAAUAAGAACAGUGACUUUAAAAUUUAUAGUCAUAACUACUAUGGAAUUAUUCGUUAAUGAGGUAAAUACUAAUUAA